AUGAACUCUCGCAAACCAAGAUACUAUAAGCAUCCAAGCGGUCUACCGACACUACUACAUCUAUCUCAAGUUUGCAUCAAACGACAUCUAUCACAACUUCAAGAUGUUGGUACCACACCGUACCAUUUACUUGCAUCAAUUUUAAGUUUAAUGUCAGCAAAACAGUUGGACCAAAUUGAAACAUUGUCGACCCAGUUAACACCACACAGUGAUGAGCUAUGGAAACAGCUCAUUGUGAAAGAUUUUUCCGAUCGGCCAGCAGAAUUAGGUCCUUUGGAAUUGACAAAGUUGAAAUUUGAAAAAAUGCCCUAUAAAUCGUUAUACUAUAAAUAUGUCAAGCAACGAGACGAGUUUAGAAAGGAUUCGGCCAAGAGGUUACGACAAUUGAACCAGUCAAUGAACAAAGAAAAGGAUAAGAAUAAGAUUGUCACUGUUGAUGAAAUAAAAAGGGAUCCUUCUGUACGAUGCCGACUGCCUUUUCAGAAUGCGUAUCGAAGACAACGACUGCCAUAUGCAAAGAACACCAUCUUAGGUAAAGCCAUGAGGGAGUCUCAGAAUCGAUCAAUUAUUUUUGGUAGCCCAGCAAUGAGACAAUACGAUCCGUAUAAUGCAUUCAAAACGAAAGAUUGUGCCCCUUGUAUCCGUGCUCCAAGAUUAGGUACAGCAAUUAGACGAACUACAUUCUUUGAUCGUCAUCAUUCAAAACAGCAGCCUCCUACUACAACGAAACCUUCAACGUCAAAGAUCAUGCCCAUUAAGGGGAAACAAUCGUCUCCGUGUCUGUCUCCGCCAUCGCUGCUGGGCGAAGUUUCCGACACCUUACGAAAAAAACGUCCACACCAACCCCCAUCGAUAUUCCUCCAAAACAAACGUCCACUACCACCAUCACGAGCGUCACCAACUCGAAAAUCGGAAAAGAAGGUGCAAGAGAAGAGGAAAGAAGCUACAAAAGAGGAACUGAGUAAGAUCAAACCGAUCAAGUCAUCUAUAUUUAGUUGA